AUGGAUAAAUUGGGGCAGAUCAUCUCCUUGGGCCAGCUCAUCUGCAAACAGUGUGACGAGAUGAAAUACUGCCAGAAGCAGUGCAAGCGUCUAAGACAGCGCGUGGAGGACCUGCUACUGCCUCUUCAGAGGCUCCAGGCCCAAAAAAAGAGGAACCUGCCCACUGAUUUAACCCCUGUCCUGAGCCAUUUCGAGGCUGCACUGGAGGAAGCUAAGAGGCUGAUAGAAAAGUUCAGCAAUAAAUCCAAUAUCUGGAAGUUCCUAACAGCAGGUAAUGAUAGGAUGCUCUUUCGUGACGUAAACAAGAGGUUGACACAUGUCUGGGAGGCGCUCUCGCUGGUGCUUCAGAUAAAUCAACAGAUCAGCCAAAGACACAGCUGGCCAGAGGAAGAUCAAGAGGAUGCAGAGGCAGACUUACAAAGUCUGAGAAAGGAAAAUAAGGAUUUAGAAGCUUUGCUGAGGCAGCUGGAAAACAAUCUGAAAGAAAUCAGGGAAACCUUGAAGCUCUAUUCACAGAAACCCAUGCAGAAGGUCCCACAAGAUAAAAUCAAGGAGAUUAAGAAGGAACAUCUUCUAGAAUCCCCAUGGAUCCGGCUAAGGGAAAAUGAAUUCAGCACUCUUUACAAAGGAAAGUAUUACAAAUGUCCAGUGACCAUAAAAGUAUUCAACAAACCCCAGGCCAGAAACAUUGGAAUAGUGAGACACACUUUCAAUAAUGAGAUCAGAGCCAUGAAGAAAUUUGAUUCUCCCAAUAUCCUGCGUAUAUUUGGAAUUUGCAUCGAUGAAACAGAGAAUCCACCUCAAUUUUCCAUCAUCAUGGAGUACUGUGAACGUGGGACCCUGAGGGAACUGUUGGAUGAGGAAAAGAACCUCACAUUUGGUGUGCGCAUCUUCCUAGUUAUGGGAGCUGCCAAUGGCUUGUACAGGCUACACCAUUCGGAAGCACCUCAGCUCCACAGAAACAUCAGGAGUACAAACUUCCUGGUAACUGAAGGCUACCAAGUGAAGCUUGCAGGAUUUGAGUUGAGCAAAACACAGACUUCCAUCAGUUGCAAAACUAACGGAAAUGACUCAGAGAGAGUCAACUCUACAGCAUAUGUCUCACCUCAGGGACUGAAAAAUGUGUAUAGUAAAUAUGACAUGAAAGCUGAAAUAUACAGCUUUGGAAUUGUUCUCUGGGAAAUCGCCACUGGGAAGAUCCCAUUUGAAGACUGUGAUAAUAAGAAGAUCUACCAACUGGUGGUUGCAGAGCGGCACCAGGAGCCUGUGGGUGAAGACUGUCCUUUAGGGCUGCAGGACAUCAUUGAUGAGUGUCGAGCCUAUGAGCCCUCUGGGCGACCCUCUGUUGAUGGAAUCUUAGAGAGACUGUCUACCUUUACCGAAACCUAAACCAAGGGGUCCCUGGACAAGAAGUUGGGAGAGGCACAAACUGGACA